AGAGAAGGAGCUCUCAAAACUUUGAAGAUAAUUUAAACAUCAUCAACCUUGACUCAGAUUCUGAAUACAAACCUAAUGUUAGAAGUAGUAGUCACUCUCGUCUUAGUAAUACCAGUAGUAUAAAAUUAGAAAAUAGCUAUAGCUUUAGUAGUGCAAAAUUUGACAAUUAG